UUAUUAAUCUUUCCUCCCUACUGGAUUCCUUCAGCCCCCUAAUCUCUUCCAUAGCUAAUCACUUGAGCUCCUGUUGCUUUGUCAAUUUCUUUCUGGUAAUUUGGUGCCCAGAAUUGAAUGCCUUAUUCCUGGUGUGGUUGUAUAGAAGGCCUCACACACCUCCUUGUGCCUAAAAUUGCAUUAAGCUUGGUCACUUUAUUUUAUUUUGCAGCUGCAUAGCAAUGCAAGCUACUGGCUAAUUUGAUGCCUACCCUUGUAAAGAAGAGCUUUCAACAUUACUGAUUCCUUGGCUGCUUGUCUCUGUGACAGAUCUGAUUUAGAUUUUCCCUUCUCCACACCCCCACCCCUCCAAUACACUAGCUGCAUUUUUCUAAAUUGACUCUCUUUAAAACUUUCUGCCCAUGUAUCUAAUCUCUACACACACACACAGCCUGUGUUCUCCAUCCCCAGUGGUGUCUGCAGCUCAUUCCCACUUAAUAAUCUAAGAAUGUCAGCUCAGUUUAAUGAGACUUUAUUGGGAUUACAAGUUAUACAAGUGUUGUCAAAGUGUUAAGAAAAAACAGACACCUCAGGUAUCUGUCGGGUGGGCAUAGCCCAUCCAGGAUAGUUACAUGCUGUGUUUGGGGUUUGAUCACCAUGUGGAUAUCAUUAUCUAGAAGAGUUAGUAAGCAAAAUAUUAAUUAAUGAGCAUAUUAAGACAUGUCUUAACACUGGUUUCUCAGUAUCUCCCGGGUGCUACUUUGCUACUUGCCAUAACCAUUUUGUAUAUGGGUUUCCAGCCAGCUUGCAAUUCACAGGAGUUGUUCUAUCUGAGCCGAUUUGAAUUAACUUUCCAAUUGAGAUUUUUGUGAGGCACCGUAUCGAAUGCCUGACUACAAUCCAGAGACUACCCACCUUGUUGCUAGGAUUAUAUACCUCUUGCCUGGCGUGUCAGUAGGUGCCAACAUAAGUCUUCUGUAUCCUGACUCUGAAACAUUCGUGUUGAUAGAACAUUGAUUGUUCCAUGUCACAACUUCAGAACGGUUGGGGAGUAUACCAGGACGGUGUGACGCAUGUUCUGGAUGCCGUCUCAGAGAUGGAGUCGAUGGCAGCAGGAUCACUUCUUCCUGACCCAGCCAAUGAAUUUGAUCGGAACGUUCCACGUAUCUGUGGUGUCUGUGGAGACAAAGCUACUGGCUUUCAUUUCAAUGCCAUGACGUGUGAAGGCUGCAAAGGAUUUUUUAGGAGGAGCAUGAAAAGAAAAGCAAUGUUCACGUGUCCAUUCAACAGCGACUGCAAAAUCACCAAAGAUAACCGGCGACAUUGCCAAGCCUGCCGGCUGAAGCGUUGUGUGGACAUAGGCAUGAUGAAAGAAUUCAUUCUGACAGAUGAGGAGGUCCAGAGGAAGAGAGAGAUGAUAACGAAGCGGAAGGAGGAGGAGGCUCUUAAAGAGAGCAUGAAGCCCAAAUUAUCGGAGGAGCAGCAAAGAGUCAUUGACAUUCUUCUCGAGGCCCAUCGCAAAACUUAUGACCCAACCUACUCUGACUUCACCCAGUUCCGACCUCCGGUGAGAGCCAACUCAAGCAAAAGAAUAACUAGAUCGUCGUCGGUCCUAACGCAUGGCUCCUCAUCAGAAGACUCUUCAGAUACCUUCAGCUGUUCUCCAGAGUCUGUAGAGCACAGAAUGUUUUCCAACAUGGCACUCAAUGAGGACCCUGACAAAAGCCCUCCCAUGGACAUUGACUUCUCGCACCUCUCCAUGCUACCUCACCUGGCUGACCUUGUCAGCUACAGCAUACAGAAAGUGAUUGGCUUUGCAAAAAUGAUCCCAGGGUUCAGGGAUCUGACGGCAGAGGACCAGAUUGCCUUACUGAAGUCCAGCGCCAUUGAAAUCAUUAUGCUUCGUUCAAACCAGUCGUUUUCCUUGGAGGAUAUGGCAUGGUCGUGUGGAGGCAAUGAAUUCAAGUACCAAAUCAAUGACGUUACCCAAGCUGGUCACAGCCUGGAACUGCUAGAACCACUUGUGAAAUUUCAGAUUAGCUUAAAGAAGUUGAACCUUCACGAAGAGGAGCAUGUGCUCCUGAUGGGCAUCUGCAUCCUCUCCCCUGACCGCCCUGGCGUGCAGGACACUUCUCUGGUGGAGUCCCUCCAAGACCGCCUUUCCGAAGUCCUGCAGACCUACAUUCUGUGCAAACACCCUCCCCCGGGCAACCGCUUACUCUAUGCCAAGAUGAUCCAGAAGCUGGCAGACCUGCGGAGCCUGAAUGAGGAGCAUUCCAAACAGUACCGCUGCCUUUCCUUCAAGCCAGAGCACAGCAUGCAGCUCACCCCGCUGGUCCUUGAGGUUUUUGGCAAUGAAAUCUCCUGACUUCAGACGCAGGACAGCACACCCAGAAAUAACGGGAUAAGUCAGUCCCGGUGAGCGGAAGGGUGUGACCCUUAACCAGGGUUUGUAUAUAGACACCGUUUAGUUUCACACUACUGGAGAGGACUGUGUUUUCUGCACAUCUUCAGUCACCUGGUUUGGCUUGCUGCAGAGCGGCAGCCAAUCCAGCUAAGCUGCUUUUUUCCCCCAGCGAGUGGCUUUUCCGCUUGCCUUUCUUCUGUAACCAGCUCACAUGGCUGUUUCAAGGCUGCCUUCAGAUUGGGGCCUUCUUGAAACCACCACUUUUUUUGGGCUUGUUUUACAAAGUAAAAACUGAAAUGUCAGGCCACUAGUCGGGAGGAAAUGACUGAGAUUUCAUGUGUGAGCAUAGAAUUCAGGGCUUCAAUGAACCCCUAAUGCUGGAUGUGGAGGGAGAACAGUUCUCUAGUUACUCCUAUCCCUGCCUAAAGCCUGCUGCCCAAGUGCAGUUGGCGCACAAUUGCUGGCUCAUUCCACCCCAGAGCCGGCUGAAUGAUCCCAGCAUAUGCCCCCACCCCCUCCACAACUGGCUGCAAAGUAUAGAAAUAUCUUAGUCUGCAGAUAAAUAGGAAAAUGCACUUAGAGAACAAUUCCUGUUUCUCUGAAAGAAAUCUCCAUUUGCCCGCCGUGUAGAAGCUGAAGAUCUCAGAAGCAAUGGCACAUUGUUGUUUGUGUCCCCCUGUUAAUGUGACAGGAAUGAAUGGAUAUUUGUAAGGUUUCUAGUCUCUCGGGUGCUCUGAGAGGUGUAGCCAGACUGGAAGUGGUCUCUGUGAUAGAGUGAAGACUGUCUCUUGGGCUCCCAGGAUGGAUAGCUAAAAGCAUGAGAAUCCAUGCUAAUCAACACGCUGUACCAUUUUUGUUUCAAUGUUGAUAUUUCCAACUGGCGAGGUGAAACAUCAGAUAAUCACUUAGGAACAAAAGAUCCCUUUCAGCCUGUGGGGUGGUUUCCAGGCCUUGGAGUCUGCUGGACAGUUAUCAAAUAGCUUCUUAACAGAUUACUUGCCAAGCCUGUUAAAUAUGCAACAUCUUGGAAAAACUCAGUAAGAAUUAAGUGGGGAAGGAUUAAUCUCACAUCUUCCUGCCCUGAAAUGUCCUGUUUGCAGCAAGAUUUCAGUCUUUACGAGAGGAGUCCUGGUUUCUUAGAACUAAGAAAUAAGGCAGGGGCAAAGCAGCUAUAAGCUGUGCAUAGCAUUGCAUCACAGUCAAUUAAGGCCUGAGAUGAGCCCAGUCUUUCAUCCUGAGUUCUCCAGAGUUUUCCUGUGCUAUGUAUGAGUCCUGCUCUCAAUGCACUACGGGACACAGACUCCUUGUCCCUUGUGCUAGGCCCUGUACAAGCAUAGGAAAUGAUAGGGGCUAGCGAUCGCAUCCAUGUUGGAGAGAAGCAGGUAUCCACUCCGGGGCCUCCAAUAACGGCAGGUCAAGCAGUGUUAAGAGGACAGGAAAGAUUGCAGAAAAAUCUGCCAGCCAAGGAAAACCAAACGACGCAAGAGCAAAGAAAAUCCCUCUAGUUCAGUCCCUCGUGUGUCAGUUGUUGGGUGCGCAGAGGACGUUUGGGAUCAGGUUCUGUUUUGUGUACUAGGAAAAUUACUUUCCAUCUGCUAAUGUGCUGCUGCCUUUGUAAACAAGUUGCUCAUUUUCCUAAUGCUAAAGAAUCAGAGUUGCGCUUUGAAGCUCUGUGUUCGUGCUCCUCUGUUGGGUGGCUACAGCAUGGCAAUGGUGUUGCUUUCUCUGUCUUUUGCACUAAUGUGGGAAGGUUUGUGUUGCACUUUGGUUGACCCUAUACAGUUCUCAGGAAGUUGCCAGUUUCCUUUUUUUUAAAAAGAGAUAUUUCAUAAUCCUAGAAGAAACUCAGCCUGCAGUACUCACUAACUGGUGACUUCAGAGAGCAGGGAUGCCACAAAUAUAUUCUUAUGGGUUAUGUGAAAUCAGGGUAUUUCUCUUGUUUAAAUUAUGCUCUUGCUCUGAUUCCUGUGUAUUGACUUACGCCUGAAUUGCCAACUGUCUCCGCUGUGCUCACUGUCCCACGGCUCUGCAAGAGGGAGCCCUAAAUAAUGAUGUUUAAUAAAAUGACUUGAUUAAAUAUAAAUAGGAAAACCUCAUUAGUGAGUAAACUUUCCAGAAAGCUGAAGUUGAGAUUGGCAGAGAGACCCGGGAUGUCAUCUACUUUUUAGGCAUCUCAGUAUUUGAAUGUCAUUUAUAAGUGCAUCGUUCAAGUGCAUGUCUGUACAGCACAGGGUAUGUUGGGACACAGCACCAUGAAAUGCAGAUGUUUAAGCCUCUGUAUAGAAUCUUCAAAGGGAAGCCAAAAUAAUUCCUCCCAUCAGGGUAGAAAAAGGCUGUAGGAAUGAUAAGUAAAUCCCUGAAGAUAUUGUGGUAAAUAAGAAACCCUGGGACUGCUUUGCUUUUAUCUUUGAUUGCUUUGCUUUUAUCUUGUGUCCGCUGGGUGUCGCUAACACAGCAUGAAUGAAAGCAGCUCCUUUGCAAGAGUUAAGUGCCUUGAGCUUAGGUACAGCACAGUUAACCUUUUCCCUGUCUGCCUUCCUGAGUCUUGCCAGUCUGAAAUAUCGCUCACUCAGAUCCAAGGAACUGAUCUCCUCCGUGGUCUCUGCACCUGUUUGAGAAGCCGUGGGAUGGCAGUUCCCCCUCCGUGGAGAAAAUCACUGUGUUCUUUAAAACCGUUGUCACCUUCGCUUGAAAUCAGUGCCUUAAAUAUAGAUGUCUUGUUGCUGUAUCGAAGAUCUCUGUACGCUUGUGUGGUGGGGCUUUUAACAUCACUUGAUUCUCCCUUUGUUUGAUUCCACGGUAUGUGUGUAACCCCCCUUGUGUUUGUGUCCUGCAAGGUGCCCAGUUCUGCUCCUCAGUCCUGUCCCGCCCCCUCCAACCCUGGCUGUCUCCUUGGGCCUGCUCACUCUGUGUGUCUGGAGAAAAUCCAGCCCCCGGGAGAACUUGCUCUUUGCUGCCUCAGCUCUGUUCUCUGCCUUGUCAAAUGACUCUACUUCUCCUUCAGUGUGUCUUGCCUCAGCCCUGCUAGUUUUCUUCUAAGGCAAAAUUAGCACUGUUCACCCCGCACCCCGUGGGCCAGUCGUCCCUUUUCUUCCCCCACUUUCAAGCUUCUCCUUUAAUCCUGUCUCUGACUCCGAGCUGGCUGGAAAAUUGGUGGCGGGGGUACUGACGUUUUUUAUUUUUUUAAAAAUAGUUUAAAUUUCCCCAUGGAAAAUUUUGACUCUUCCUCAAAAAUCCAAAAAAGUGUUUGACUGACAACGGAAGAGUUGAAAUUUCCCCCAGGAUGCAAACGUGAAAUUUCAAAGUCAGAAAUACAAUUUUAUUUGGAAAAACUGCUUCAGAAAACUCUCAAUCAGCCAUUCCCUGAUUGCAAGCCCCCGCCUCCUCUCACUUUGGCUUGCUCCUUCUGUGCCUAUCCUUUUGGCAACCAAAUGAUAUGGCAAUCUCCUGUUCUGGAGGGGAAUUAAAAACCUUCUCUUCACCAGCCACUGGACAGGGAUGGUGCCAGAUGGGAUGGAAGACUACUCAAUAUCCCGCUGCCAAGACAACUGCCCCUUUCACAAAUUCCUUCACUGGCUUCCUCCCAAGGUCCUCAUCCUCCCGUUCCGAUCUCGGCACAGCCUCAUGCUUAAAUCUCCUCCCCUAUUUUGCCUUUAACCUGCCCAUAUGCCCCCUCCAAGCUUCCUCUGGCCCUGCCAUUCCAUCUUUCCCUCGCUGUUGGCAUUGUGCCUUGUUGUCCUACUGCAGCAUAGAUCAGCCCACCCAGUCAAUGCUUUCUCCUCAUCUCCUCAAACCCAGUUGUUGUGGGAAGUGUUCCAGCUGUAGCUACCUCACCCCGCUUGGAGUUUACCCUGUAUUGUACCCAUUUGUGCCUUUAGACUGUUAGCUGUUCAGGGCAGGGACUCUUGCUGUUGCAUUUGACCCAUAGUACAGUACCAUGUUUACCUAGAGCACUAUAAAUGAUUGGAGACCUCUGGGUGUAUGUAUUUGUUCCACUCGCUCACCUGCGAAGCAGGUGUCACUAGAGAAAAUCUUUGACUGAUGGGAGCUUUCUCUCCGUAAAGGAGCCUUUAUCGAAGAGGGAGGCUUUCCAGUAAUAUAGCACCACAGUGCUCUAGCAAUCCUAACCCGUCCUUAGGGAGAACCAAUGGGCACAAACGCUGCACCAGUCGGAGAAGUUCCCUUCGGUUAGACUUGGAGCGGUUCUGUUUCAGUGUCUCUAAUGUGGAUGUCGAUUGGAAAGGGGAGCUGGGUGGAGAAUGGAAGAAAAAAAUCCUGGCUAUUGCUUUGAAACUCCUCAGGUUUUCAAAACUAUUGAAGAAUUAGGCUUUUGUAAACAUUUCUUUUUUCUAACCCAGAAAAUGAUAACAUGGAAGAAUGUCCAAUAUCUUGCUAAAAAUUCUCUGAAUCUUUUUACUGACAAAUUUUUGUUGUUUGGAAAAGAUUUUUUUGACCCCCAAAAACCCACUUCUGUUCAAAAAGGUUUUGGGGUAUUUUGGGGGGCUGGCUGUAAUUGAAACUGUUUUGAAAAUGCGCAAGCCCCCUUUGCGUUCUCCUUCAGCCAAAGCUCAAUAUACCCUACAACUUGCAAGUAAAAUAGAAUGUCAGAGCUUAAAUUUGAAAAAACAAAUAAAAAGCCUUGCACCUCAUGACUAAGUCUUUUCAGCAGCUCCAGCUGUAUUUUACCCAAAUAGCUCCAGCUUUGCAUCAUCGGUCGCCCGGGCAUUGCUGUGCUGGGAAAUGGCAGCUACUGCCCAACGGGUGCAUGCUGAAUAUCUCCCUUAGUGUCUUGCUGUUCUAGACUGUUUGCUAGACCUCACAUUUUCUUUCCUAAAACCAUUGCACACACCAGUGAAGAACCACCACUGGGAAAAACUAGCACUAAAGUCAAUGCUUGACUGGAGAAACUUAACAUAUAGCCAACCAGGUGAAAAUAGGGAGGUCUGAUUUUAAUAUCCUAUAAAUGGCUUAGUUAAAAGAAAACAUUUCUUUACGGUGGUGGGGAAAGGUGGUUGUUCUUUUUAACAUUGAUCCUGUUAACAAAAAUGUAAGUUAUAGAUCUGCAGAAUGAUUGCGCCAAAUUUUGUUGAGUAAUUUAGUGUCAGAAUGUAAAUAACUAUUUAAUAUAGUGGAAAUGUUUUAUUGUAAAUUGGAUUUUAAAUAAAGUGUUUAAAUCAUUCAAAGCUGCUCUUUUGAACUGAUAGAAGCACGAUUUUUUUCCAUUUGUGCGUGUAAAACAAGUGUGUACAGUACUUAAGUGAAAUUUCUGAAUGUGAAACACAGCUCUCUGUUUUGUUGCCUUGUAUAAUAUAAAUUGUAAGGCAAUGCACUUUAUAAAUAAAGAUUUAAAAGAAAUCUAUUUUAAUUAUAGUGAUGAAGAAUAGAGGCAGCCGCUGUCUCUCCCUCUGUCCCUCCCCCCUUCUGUAUGCCUUGAGCUUUUCCUAAUGGGCAAAAAAAGAGAAGCUGGAAUACAUGUGUAUUGAUGUGAACCCAACUUCAGAGCUUUAAUGCUAUGACAAAGGAAGUUGGAUGCUGUUUCAUAUUUGUAAUAUGCUGUUGCCUUAUCAAUAAAACGUAUGGCGUUGUGAAAAGCUCA